UUAAACUCAAUAGAAGGAAGUCUCAACCCUAGAGAAAGCAACAGCUAUAGACCAGCACCCUUAUCAUACAGUUCUUUUGACAGUGUGCACAGACUUAUUCUGCAAUAACUGACAGUAUUUGUUGGUGUUGGUGUUCUGGUCCAAAAUCAGCAGCUAUGGAUUUGGUGUGGCUGGUGUGUUUGGCUGUGAGCUUCGGAACCUGGUUCGCCUCUGCAGAGAGACAUAGCGUCUUCUGGAAUAACACAAACCCAAAUUUCCUAUGGGAUGAGUACACAGUGGAGGUGAAAAUCAACGACUACCUGGACAUCAUCUGUCCUCACUACACACGCGGGGAGCUGCCGUCCCAGGAGGCCGAGCGGUACGUGCUGUACAUGGUGGAGAAGGAGGACUAUGAGGUGUGUAAGCCCCACUCCUUCGACCAGCUGCGUUGGGAAUGUUCCCGGCCCUUCGCUGCCCACGCCCCCGAGAGGUUCUCCGAGAAGUUCCAGCGCUUCACCCCCUUCACCCUGGGCAAGGAGUUCAGACAUGGAGAGAGCUACUACUAUAUCUCCAAGCCGCUGCAUCACCACGGCCAGGAGUGUCUGAGACUGAAGGUGGAUGUGGUUGGACCUCAUGGUUCUGGGAAGGCCAAGGCUGACAAAGACAAGGAUGGAGCGAUGGAGGAAGCGAUGGAUGGAGGAAAGGGAAAGAUGGGGGGAGGAGGAGGAGGAGGAGGAGGAGGAGGAGGAGGAGGAGGAGGAGGAGGAGGAGGAGGAGGAGUGCACGAGCCCUCCAACAGGCUUCCAGCCGAUGACCCAACUGUGUUGGAGCCCAAGGUUCAGAAGAGUGUGGGUAGUUCAGGUGUUCAGCUGGUCUCCCUGUCGGUCUUCUUCACUCUGUUCCCCGUCCUACUAUCCCUGUUACUAUAUUGACUGAGUUAAAGACCUAGCUAGAGACACUGUCAACCCAAUGCUGGACAUUGGCACAGAGAAGAUUUUUAUAGAUAUUUUUAUAUUUGCAACUGGACUGAGCUGCUGUGUGUGUGUGUGUGUGUGUGUGUGUGUGUGUGUGUGUGUGUGUGUGUGUGUGUGUGUGUGUGUGUGUGUGUGUGUGUGUGUGUGGAACGUGGAUCGUUCCUUCAGAAAAUACUCUUGAAGAUCAUAGUCUCUGGAUGUUUUUCUACAUGUUUUUGUAAAUGAAAGAGGAUGGAUGCUAUUCCCCCUUUUUUCUCCUUUUCACUCCAUUUGAUCUGUAUGGACACUUGGAAACCCCACUGACUCUGGAACAGAUCUAACUGGAAAUGUGAUGUACUAAUCAUUAUUAGAAAACUGACAAAGGGAUAACUGUUUUCAUGAUUUCCCUGAAUUGAAUUGUAACAGUGAUAUACACUGAGUGUAAAAAAACAUGAUCAGCACCUUCCUAAUAUUGAGUUGCACCCCCUUUUGCCCUCAGAAAAGCCUAAAUUCGUCAGGGCAGGGACUCUACAAGGUGUCGAAAGCGUUCCACAGGGAUGCUGGUCCAUGUUGACUACAUUGCUUCCCACAGUUGUGUCAAGUUGGCUGAAUGUCCUUUGGGUGGUGAAGGAUUCUUGAUAUACACACAGGAAACUGUUGAGCGUGAAAAACCCAGCAGUGUUACAGUUCUUAUAUCCCAUUUAGCAGUUCUUGACACACUCAAACCGGUGUGCCUUGUACCUACUACCAUACCCCGUACAAAGGCACUUCAAUAUUUUGUCUUGCCCAUUCACCCUCUGAAAGGCACACAUACACAAUCCAUGUCUCAAUUGUCUCAAGGCUUAAAAAUCCUUAUUUAACGUGUCUCCUCCCCUUCAUCUACACUGAUUUGAAGUGGAUUUAGCAAGUGACAUCAUAGCUUUCACCUGGUCAGUCUGACAUGGAAAGAGCAGGUGCUUCUAAUGUUUUGUACACUCAGUGUAUAAUGUGGGUACAUAUUCUUGGUUCAAUCUGAAAUAGUUUGAGCCAAAGCCUACAGUAGUCCUCUGAAACGGCCUCAUGUUUCCUCCUCUACAUGUAGAGACUAUUGAUGUAUAUAGAUGUAAAUGUAUUAACUGACCUUCCUCUAAGAACGGUUCAUGUCUUGUUUAGUGUAGUAGAUACUCAGGUCAAUGGGGAUGUUUCUUCUUGACAUGUCACUAAAAUCAAACUAAAGUGUAUUUGUCACGUCCACAGGAUAUAGCAGGUGUGAAAAGUACAGUAAAAUGCUUACUUGCAAGCCCUUCCUCAACAAUGCAGUAUUCAAUUAUAAUUCACUGUACAAAACCCAAUGAUGUGAUAGAUGCAUACUCUAAAGCACAGAUUAGCACACACUAGAACAAAACACACAUUCUAUGUUGUAGAUAUACACAUAUCUACAUAACCAGAUCCUCUGUCAUUGAGAUGGUACAACAGCUUCUUGUGAACAAAUUGGGAUUGUUUUAGUCAUUGCUGGUUUGCUUUUGUAUGUCUUUAUGGUUUAGUGUUGAACAGAUGUGUGUGUGUGUGUGUGUGUGUGUGUGUGUGUGUGUGUGUGUGUGUGUGUGUGUGUGUGUGUGUGUUUAUAGGAACGGGAUGGAGGGAAUGGGAGUUGAGGGGGAAGGAGGAGAGCAAAGCGCUAAUGACAGGAUUCUGAGUGGGUGUUGUGAUUGCAUGACGGCUGGGUGCUGUGCUUCCUUCCUUUACUGAUGGUCAUUCAUCGCAUACUCUGAUAUACUGUAAACAACGUCACACAAACAACAUAACCGGUACACUGGACAUUAUGGUGUGUGUACAGCACAGUAGGUUGGUGGCACCCUAAUUGGGGAGAACUGACUCGUGGUAAUGACGAGUGGAAUCGGUGGAAUGGUAUCUCAUACAUAAACACAUGGAUGCCAGGUGUUUGAUGCCAUUCCAUUCGCUCCGUUCCAGACAUUAUUAUGAGCCGUCCUCCCCUCAGCAGCCUCCUGUGGUUUACAAGUGUUACACAAAAUGCAAAGGAAAUCCCUACAUACAGACACUAUUGUAAUUUGAUUUUGUAAAUGUUUGUAUGGAAAAUGUGUACAUAGGAAAAAUAUGGGAAUAACAGCAUUUGUUUAAAAUGUGUGAACUUUAAUGUAAUUAAAAAACAGUGAUAUAAUAAA